UCGACGUCGUCGUCGUCGUCGUCGUCGUCGUUGCCGCCGCCGCCGCCGCCGUCGCCGCCCCGACGCGUGACUCGACGUUGACGUCGAGAGCAAGGGGGUAAACUGCUCGUAAGAACACGACACGACAUGACGGCGAGAUGUGGUAUUGCGGCGGCGACAACGACGGCGGCGUCGUCGUUAUCGUCGUCAAUGUCAUUGACAAUGUCAACAUUAUUACACCACCUACUCGCGACAACGCUGCUGCUGUUGUUAAUGUCAACGUAUUCGGGCCCGGCUGCAGCCUCUUGCCGAUGGAACAACGAAGCCGGCAACGACACUCGUUCGGCGGACUGCGCCCUUCGUGUUCUCGAUCCCACAGCGAUUGUCAACUUAGCACCGUCGCUUGAUGGUGCAGUUCGACUGCGGAUCCGCUGCAGUGACGUCCAUCAUUUCGAAAGUAGCCUAGGUGCGCAGAGCUGGCAGCGGUUGGUCGGUCUUCACGAACUACAUGUGCAGGGUUGCAAGGUGCUGCGUAUACCGGAGGGCGCAUUUCAGCCGCUACAGGAACUUAAGCGACUCAUCGUGCAGACCCUCAACGCCGCGUGGGGCGCCGCCAGAUACCUGGAAUUCGCGCCACGCUCUCUUUUAGGCUUACGCGAGUUGCACACCCUAGAAAUUGUCGAGAGCAAUGUAUUGGCGCUGCCGCCCAACCUGCUCUGUGAACUGGACAACUUACAGACUCUCAAUCUCACCGGCAAUCGUAUUCGUAACGUCGAUGAUAUUGGUUUAACGGCCCGCACUAUUAAUGGCAGCGGUGAUAGUGACAGCGACAACGGUGUUGAAUCUUGUCGCGCUGAUAUCCGUAUCCUGGAUCUGUCACGCAACGAACUCCGGCAAUUAUCUAUGGAUGGGCCGUUAAUGGGUUUGCGGCAAUUACAAGAAUUGCAUCUGCAACGCAAUGCGAUCACCAAGAUCGGUGGGAAUGUUCUAAACGGGCUCACUGUGUUACGUACCUUCAACGCCAGCCACAACGCUUUAGAUUCGCUGCCUGAGGGCUUGUUCACUACCACACGUGAUCUACGGGAAAUACAUUUGGCGCACAACGGGCUGCGCGAUCUACCGCGGGGCGUGUUCAUCCAGCUAGAGCAUCUGUUAGUGUUGAAUCUCGCCAACAAUCGCCUCGGCAGCGAUCGCGUCGACGAGUCCACCUUCCUCGGCCUGAUCCGCUUGAUCGUGCUUGAUUUGUCAUACAACCAGCUAACGCAUAUCGAUGCCCGCAUGUUCAAAGAUCUGUUUUUCUUACAGAUUCUUGAUUUGCGUAACAACUCGAUCGAUCGUAUCGAAAGUAAUGCCUUUCUGCCACUUUACAAUCUUCACACACUUGAGUUGUCCGACAAUCGACUCCAUACUGUAGGAGCACAGCUCUUUAACGGUCUCUUUGUACUGAAUCGCUUGACUCUAUCGGGAAAUUCGAUCGGGAACGUCGACACCAUGGCAUUUCGUAAUUGCUCUGAUCUCAAAGAACUUGAUCUUAGUGGCAACGAGCUUAUCGCUGUACCGGACGCAUUGCGCGACCUUGCCUUUCUCAAAACCCUCGACCUAGGUGAAAACCGGAUCAGUGAAUUUCACAAUGGUUCCUUUCGCAAUCUUCAUCAACUUACCGGUCUCCGCCUGAUUGGCAAUGACGUCGGUAAUUUGACUCGAGGCAUGCUGUGGGACCUACCAAAUCUACAAAUCCUCAAUCUUGCUCGGAACAAAGUGCAACAUGUGGAAAGACACGCGUUUGAACGCAACAUCCGACUUGAAGCUAUUCGUCUAGAUGGCAACUUUCUGUCAGACAUCAACGGCGUAUUCACUAGCAUCACCAGUUUGCUGCUGUUAAACUUGUCAGAAAAUCAUAUCGAGUGGUUCGAUUACGCCUUUAUACCUGGUAAUCUCAAAUGGCUCGAUAUUCAUGGCAACUUUAUCGAGAGUCUCGGCAAUUAUUACAAAAUUCGCGACUCUAAAGUGAAGACCCUCGACGCGAGUCACAAUCGCAUCACCGAACUUUCGCCGUUAUCCGUACCGGAUAGCGUGGAGCUGUUAUUUAUUAAUAACAAUUAUAUCAGUACUGUACGACCGAAUACGUUCGCCGAUAAAGUGAAUCUCACGCGGGUAGAUAUGUACGCUAAUAUGAUCGAGACAAUGGAGUUGACAUCGCUACUGCUAACCAAAGUGCCGGAAAAUAAGCCUUUGCCAGAAUUCUAUAUAGGCGGUAAUCCUUUCAACUGCAAUUGCUCGAUGGACUGGCUACCGGCUAUUAACAAUCAGACUUCGACAAGAGAGUAUCCACGCGUCAUGGAUCUUGACAACGCUAUGUGCCGUACUUCAGGACCACGGGGAGUCGCCAUCGUUCCAGCUUCGGCUGCGCGCUCAGAGCAAUUUCUCUGUCGUUACGAGGCGCAUUGUUUCGCUCUUUGCCACUGCUGCGACUUCGAUGCGUGCGACUGCGAAAUGACUUGUCCAGCCGGUUGCAAGUGUUAUAAUGACCGUACGUGGAAUACGAACGCAGUCGACUGUUCAAGUCUUGGAGUUGAGGAGAUUCCGCGUAGGAUACCAAUGGACGCGACUGAAGUGUAUCUCGAUGGUAACGUAUUGCACGAGCUACAAAACCAUGUAUUUAUCGGUCGCAAAAAUAUGCGUGUGCUGUACGUGAACGCCAGUGGCAUCGAAUCUAUUCAGAAUCGCACGUUCAACGGCCUGAAUAAUCUACAGAUUCUCCAUCUCGAAGACAACCGGAUACGUGAACUCAAGGGCUUUGAAUUUGAGCGACUUUCGCAUUUGCGCGAACUUUAUUUGCAGAACAACGCGAUUGGUUUCAUCGGCAACCUAACAUUUUUACCGUUGCGAUCGCUCGAAAUCCUCCGCUUGCAUGGUAACCGUCUAGUGACUUUCCCGGUGUGGCAAGUCACUCUAAACGCCCGUUUAGUCGAGCUGUCACUGGGUGGCAAUCCGUGGUCCUGUCGCUGCAAAUUUCUACAGGAACUGUCUUCUUGGGUCUCAGACAACGCGCACAAAGUCAUCGAUGCCGGUGAUGUCUGGUGUUAUUAUGGUGGCGAUGCUAGGCCGGCCUAUCGACGUCGCUUGAAUGUCAACGAGACCGCCUGCUCUGAUUACUUCGCUCAGGGCGGUGUCAUCGAGAGUAUUAUGGUGUCGGACUAUCUGCCAUUGGUGGCCGCAACGCUUUCGGCCAUCCUCGUGCUUCUCGUGAUUAUAGUGCUUGUCUUCGUGUUUCGUGAACCGGUCGGUGCGUGGGCCUAUUCCAAGUACGGAUUGCGAUUUUUGCGUGCUAAACCCAGUAAGACUGCAACAACGACGGCAAUGGGCACCGCGACCGCAAUGGCUGUAGGAUGUUGCGAUACCGAUCGCGAUCGUCCUUAUGACUGCUACGUCUGCUAUAGUCCAAACGAUGAGAAUUUUGUGUUACACUCGCUGGCGGUUGAACUCGAGCAUGGCGCUGCCGGUCUAAGACUUUGCCUUCAUCAUCGGGACUUACCUUGUGUAUUACGCGCCUCCGCGCCCGCACCAGCCGUUCUCGAAGCAGUGGACGCAUCCCGACGUGUGCUAAUCGUGUUGAGUCGUCACUUCUUGCAGACCGAAUGGUCGCGUUUUGAAUUCCGCGCAGCGCUACACGAGGCGUUGCGUGGCCGCGCAUCCCAGCUGAUCGUCAUCCAAGCCGGUCAUGUUGGCAUCGAGAUUGAGCGCGACCCAGAACUACGACCUUAUUUGAGAACAGCGGCGCUCAUACUUACAUGGGGUGAAAAAAGGUUUUGGGAGCGAUUAAGGUACGCGAUACCACCAUCCACGACAACUGCGAUUAUCGCCACCGGCACCACCACAACCAACGCCACUGUCGGUGACGUAUCCGUCGAGAAUAAAUCUUCGCCAUUAAUUUACAAACGCAACAUCAAUACUUACACGCUAGACAGUGGCAGCAUCGGUGGACUAGAGAAAACUGGUGGCGUCUCGACGCUACGCGGAGGUCAACGUGCUGCGCUCUUCAAGGAUGCCUCAUCGGCAUUGAUGUUACAACACGCGCCGCCCGCCUAUUCAUGCGGCGCUCCUAUGCUAACACAGCAGCAGCAUCAACAACCACAGUCACCAUCGUCAUCGCCGGCGCAGCCCAGACUGACCGUCAAUCAUGCCUACCGAGAUGCGAUGCUUGCUGGUAAUUUAAUUACAACCGCCGCUACCACCACCAAUAUGGUCAACUGUGAUGUUGGCGAAGAUCACAGGAGACCACUGUCCGAACAUAUCUAUUCGUCCAUUGAUUCGGACUAUUCCACCCUCGAGAGGACCGCUUGGAGACAGCAGCAACCGCCACCACCGCCACCUCCACCCUCCUCCGGACAGGCCUACCUAGUUUAGCUCUUUGCAACUGCUCUUGACGUUCUCGCGCCUAUUAUGUGUAUUUAUAAGAUCAAGAAAGGUGGAAUCGCGACACUGUUGACUUAAAUAUGCCAGCAACGAUAGAAGCUCGCUCUCGAAAGGUUGUGUUGAAUGCUUGUCCACGUGAUACUCGUUCUCGACAUUCGACAGUGUUAACAAACUAAAUCUAUAAAGACGUUACGCACUUAUCAAAUCAUGAAUCCUCGUGAGACACAUGUACAUAAUUUAGAAACGUCGUCGCGAAGGGAAAAAUGAUAUUCGCAUAUCAUAAUUAUCUGCGAAAACUUGAAAGAUAUUUAUUGUGAUAACAGAUUGUCCGUUUUUUUAUUCGACAAAAGGGAGAAAAUUUUUAUUUCUUUCUAAAACGUGCUUAAUCCUUUUUAUUUUUUUCUUAUUUUUGUUUUUUUCUUCUUUUUUUUCAUUGUGUAUUUAUUCUCAUCUUUUUUCUUUUUACUCGAUAUAAUAAGACUUCUUUUGACUUCUCUUGAUAUCGAAGUUGCAUGUAUAAUUGCGCUCUCAGCAUAAUUGUGAAUUUCUGAAUGAUGUAAAAUGUAUUUUAUUUAUAUAAAAUAUGAAUUUUUUGUAUACAAAAUUUUAUUUUUUA